GUGGGCUUAGACGUAAGCCAGUCAUAUUUAGAUUCGGUUUAACGUCGUAGUCCUGGGCCUAAUUAAGUUUGUCACAGAUAUUAACAAUAUCAAGUGAGUUGAUUGUUUGGAUUUCGGCCGCGCUCAGGAAAAUGGACGAAAGUUUUUCGCGAUCGGAACACUCGAUGUGAUUGGAUGCUAACUUGGAGGUGCUUUUUCGCAUUUUUGCCCACUGAUAAUGAGUGAAUCAUUUAGUGAAGUGAACAAGCUCCAGAAAAACAAUUGAAACUAGGUUCAUCCACCAAACCUUCUUCAACCCCCGAUAACUGUGCCGUUUGUUAUUGGAAGCCAACUCUUCAGCUGUGCCUUCAAACCGAAACGGGUGUUCUUCUGCAGUGCAAAAAUUCAACCAAACAAUUGGUCUCUAGAAGCGCCUGCUAAGUGAUUGUGGAUCUUCAAUGAACAUUUCCUCUUCAACAACAGAUUAGCAAAGCCUCAAGUUGGAUUUUAAGGGGGUCUCGUCCUGUUUGGGGGCGCUGGGCUCCUCGCCUGCCCCCGCAGUUUCCACCACAGGGGAAGACUUGAGCCAUCAGCAAUUCAACAUAUUUCCGGCGAUUUUUUCGCGACAGCUCAACUUUAACGCCUGUCCACAGGGCAAAUCGAUGAUGGAGGAUUUGCGGCCCAAUUUGGUCGGCGUCGGCAAUUUAUUAGGAGUUCAAGGGCUCUUAGAAGACCACCAUCAGCAUCUCGCCGCUUCAGCAUCGGCAGACAAAUCGAACCGGAAGUGCAAUACGAGCGGAAGUUCCGCCGAAGACUUUAGUGCCCUCUAUGGCGGGUUGCCGCACUCGCAUGACCACCACGGCAACCACACGCCAGCUCACACGCCUCCAGCACCUUCUAGAACGAUAGCUGACCAUACAGAUGGGGCCUUCAAGAAACUCAAACCGGAGCCCCAGACGCCCAGCAGUUCUUCGAUAGGGGGCGCGGUGUCUCCGGGGGGGCCCACUCAUGCUGGUCACACUCCUACCACUGCUUCUUGUCCCACACCUGCACGAAGAAGACACCGAACUACCUUCACUCAAGAACAACUGGCGGAGUUGGAGGCGGCUUUUGCUAAGAGCCACUAUCCGGAUAUUUACUGCAGGGAGGAGCUGGCCAGGAGCACCAAGUUGAAUGAGGCUCGAAUUCAGGUGUGGUUCCAAAACCGCAGAGCAAAAUACCGAAAACAGGAAAAGCAGCUCCAAAAAGCUCUGGCUCCAAGUGUGCUGCCUGGAUGUAACGGUGCGAUGAUGCGCAACAUUUAUCCAGGAGCAGCCAGAGGCUACCAGCCCUAUCCACAUCCAACGGCCAUCAACCGAUACCCUCAGAUGACUACCAGUUCCUAUCCAGGAAUGGCUCAAUCGUUCUCAAUGAGCCACACGACAAAUAUGUCCUCAGUGGCCGGAAUGAGGCAGGAUGCAAUGAGUAUGUCUGCAGAGGACGAGUGGUAUAACAAAAGCCUGUCGGCCCUGAGGAUGAACUCCAGCCACCAUCCCAAUUUAGCUGCACCCAUGUUGCAGUAUCAAACAUAAUAGACAUUUUCUCCAUUGUAGACUAGACUGUACAUUUACUGCAUAUUUACGUGGAGGAAUUUUGGAGCAAAAAAUAAAAUGUGUGUUACUCUUACUGGACGGAUUGGCGGCAUCAAGUUGAAUUUGUAUCAUACCUACUUGACACAAGUGUCGACAAGUAGACCGUUUGCACACCAUUCUAGUCAUACGUUAUAGGCACAACUUAUACCAAAGAAUUUCUCUAUGGAAUUAGUAAUCUGUGGACAGACAAGCAAUCAGUUAGGGAUUCAUUAUUAUUUCCAAGAGUGGCCAAAAGGUUUUCCCAUCCUGUGGUUGUGUUAGAUAAUUUUAAUAAUUCACUAUUUGUAUAGACAGCAAUUUUCCAUCGAGCUCUCGAUGCGAAAGACAACGAUUUUUAUUUAACUCAUCUCAGUUGUUAAUCAUCGGAAAAAAUAUUGCGAGAAUUGUGCGUUAUCAAGAUGUUUAUGUGCCAUAUCUAUUAGUGUAAAAUUUGCAUUCGUGUGAUCGUACUUUUAGAUUUAUAAAUAUAACUUAUGUUAUGUAAAGAUGUAAAUAAAUUGAUCUAGUAAAUAAAAGAAUUCCAGUAUA